UCUCCUCUCCCACGGUCGGGAAGCCUUACAAAUGUAAUUACUGUGGUCGGAGUUACAAGCAGCAGAGUUCACUGGAGGAGCACAAGGAGCGCUGUCACAACUACCUACAGAGUCUGAAUGCUGAGCCACCACAGCCAUCUACUCAGCAAGCAGGGGAGGAGAACCGUGACAUGGAUGUGAUGCCUGACCAUAUCCUUCAGCCAGCCCCUGACAGGCCUUCUUUUAUAGAUAGGCUUGCUAACACCAUUGCAAAACGAAAAAGAUCUACUCCGCAGAAAUUUGUGGGUGAUAAACACAUACGCCUCAACCUAACUGAUGUUCACUUUGAGGUUAACUCCAAUUUUGAGAAGGAUGUAGAGAUGAUGGCUCCUCACCCCAUGGACCAGAAUUUGGGCAGUGCACUGUCCUAUCUAGGAACUGAAGCGAUGAGGCCUCCGAGGCUCCCCAUGACUAGUUGCGCACCGGAGAUCACGCCAGUGAUCAGUGCUGUCUACUCCCAUGUACAUCCCAUCCACAGCCGAGCUGAGGCACAGGGAAGUAGAGAGGCAGCAGAAGGUCACGAUGACGUGCCAGAACAUCUGAAUUCUAGAGCAAAAAACCAGCUGGUGGAGCUUGGAGUGUCUCCAAGCAAUGGUUGCCAUGAUUCCACAGAUACAGAAAGCAGCCAUGAAGACAGGAAUGCCCAAACUUUCCCCAGUAACUAUGCCACACGGCAAAGCCCGGCCUAUUCCAAAGAGGACCCAAAGGCACAGGAGCCCCCAUCAUCUGCCAAAGCAGCUCAAAGCUCAGCCAAAGAGGUCCUAAGAGUCUUAAAUGAA